AUUACAUAUUAACCGGCUAUUUAAAGUAGGUCUUGAUUAUUCGUUUUGACCCACGCUGCUUGCCGUAGACGUCAGCUGGUUGUAAACAUGGCUGAGGAAAGCUUAAUUGAAGGCGAAGAUGAGAAUAUUUUAUACGAUUUACUUGUUAUAAACGAGUGGCCGCCAGAGACAGACACUCAGCUACGGGGCAACAAAGAGGACAAUUCUCUAGUCGCGAAAGCUGUAACAGGUCCGUUCCGCCUAGUGCUGCACUAUUUGUUCCACAGCCCCUCCAGCUCUUCUCUGCCUCCUGGGCUAAUCCGGCUGUCAAGCAAGCAGAUCAACUGGCAGCAUGUUCUUUCAAGUAACGGCAAACUGUUGGCGGUGGUUCAAGACCAGUGUGUGGAAAUUAGGUCUGUGAGAGAUGACUUUGGCUCAGUCAUUGGAAAAUGUCAGGUGCCAAAAGACCCAAACCCACAGUGGCGACGGAUGGCGUGGAGCUCCGACUGCACGCUGCUGGCCUACGCCGACAGCACUGGCACCGUCCGGCUGUUUGACCUCAUGGGAGGCGAACUUUUUGUCAUCCCCCCGGUGGUGAGUUUUCCCGGAGAUUUCAGCUGUGCGGUCGCAGGCCUGAUUUUCCUGGAGUACACCGCCAGCGCUCAGUGGUCCGCUGAACUUCUUGUCAUCACAUACAGUGGAGGUCUUAAAAGCUACCUGGUCAGUGUGGGAACCAAUCAGAACUUCCAAGAGAACCACACCUUCAACUUCUCCACCUACUAUCCAAACGGCAUCACGGCGGCGGUUUACCACCCUGCGCACAGGUUGCUGCUAGUGGGGGGCUGUGAAUCGGGGGACGCCGGCGCCUCCAAGGCCUCUCGCUGUGGCCUCACGGCCUGGAGGGCUCUCUCCAGCUCACCGCACUACAAGCAGGUCACCAGCUACGAGGACGAUGUCCGCCUGAACCAGAAGAAGGGCUUCUUCAAGAUCCCCAGCUUCAGAUUCUUUCCCAGACCGGGAGAUGAAAAGGACGGCGUGUUUCGCAUGAGUUUGAGCCCUGACGGCAGCCUGCUGGCUGUCAUCCAUUUCUCCGGACGCCUGUCGGUCUGGGACAUCCCCUCUCUCAAACAGAGGGCGUCAUGGAAACAGGACCAACAGCCGGGAUUUGAAGAGAUCAACCCAGAGUGGAAGACAUCACUGGAGAGAAGGAAGAAAAUAAAAGAUAAGGAGCAGUACUACCCGCUGGUGGAUGUGAAUUGGUGGAGUGACGGCGUGUUGAUUCUCGCCCGCUGCUCUGGAUCGGUCACCGUCUCGUCGGUCAGAACUUUACGCAACCUUUUGGGGAAGUCCUGCGAAUGGUUUGAGCCCUCGCCUCGAGUCACUGCGGCCCAUGACGGCGGCUUUCUCAGCCUGGAGUGUGAGGUGAGGCUGGCCCACAAGCGUCUGCGCCUGGAGAGCAACCUCGCCGGUGAGGACGAAGAGGGAGACGAUGGCGGAGACUCGGACUCGGAUGAGGAGUCCUCGGCCAAAGCCCGCUACUUCAGCUACAUCAAGCAGGGCCUGUAUUACGUAACGGAGAUGGAACGGUUCGCUCCUCUGCGUAAACGUCCUCGCACCGUCGUCAAGAACUACCGACUGGUCAGCCUGAGGUCCACCACGCCGGAGGAGCUUUACCAACGAAAGAUUGACAACGAGGAAUAUGGUGAAGCGCUGUCUCUCGCACAAGCCUACAAUCUGGACUCCGACCUGGUCUACCAGAGACAGUGGAGGAAGAGCACCGUCAGCAUCGCUUCAAUACAAGAUUAUCUGAGCAAAAUCCGCAAGCGCUCAUGGGUGCUGCACGAGUGUGUGGAGCGCGUCCCCGAGAACGUGGAUGCUGCCAAGGAGCUGCUGCAGUACGGCCUGAAGGGGACGGAUGUUGAGGCUCUUAUAGCCAUAGGAAACAACGAGGAUGGUGGCAGGUUUAUCAUGCCUGGCGACGUAGACCUUGAUGACCAGCCUUAUGAAGACAUGCUAUCAGAUGAUGAGGAGCUGGAGAGGAAGAAGGAGUGGGAGAGCAGGAGGAGACGAGAGCUGUUGGCUAAGGUCGACUUCAGCAGACUGACUCUGGAGCAAAAGGAGCUGUGUCGGAGCCGACUGAAACUGCUCUCCUAUCUGGACCGGCUGGCAACCUAUGAGGAGAUACUUGGCGGCCCUUACGCAGCAGAGCAGAAAUACGACGCGGAGUUCUUCAAGAAGUUCCGUAGUCAAAAUAUUGUUCUGUCAGCACGAAACUAUGCUCGGGAGAGUAAUGUGCAGGCCUUGGAUAUUCUCUUCACGUAUCACGGAGCAGAACUCCUUCAGCAUCGACUAGCUAUUCUUUACAACUUCCCAGAAACCACCUCUCCACACGAGUACACCAUCUUGCUGCCUGAAGCCUGUGUGGAUGAAAGAGACGAGCUGGGGUUGAUUCCGUGGGACGAGCAGAGACACAGAGACAUGGACUGGUGUGAGGCAGAGGAGUGCAGAGCGGUGCUGGACCAGAAUCUGUUUGAUGACGGCUUCCUGUACGAGGAAGCUCCGGAGCUGCUGAGAUUUCGCACAGCCACGCCUUCUAUUGAGCUCCUCACCGACUGGUACCGGAGCCGAGCCGAGGACAUCGAGUCCUGCUCCAGACAGGUGGACUGUGCGCUGUCGCUGGUGCGCCUAGGAAAGGAGCGGGAGAUCCCGGGACUGGAGCUCCUGUGUGAUGACCUGAUCACCAUGGAAACGCUGGUGUAUGAGGCGUCAUGUGACUUAAGUCUGACUCUGAAAGAGUUUCAGCAGCUUAAGGACAUUGACAAACUCCGCCUCCUCAUGAGGAAUUCCAGCCCCGAGCGCUACGUGAAAGAUGCCUUCCAGUGGAUGCUGCCGUUCCUGCACCGCUGCGAGGGCCAGAGAGCAGGUGCUGCCAGAUCUUUUUUUGCAGAAUACCUGAUCAGCCUGGCCCAGCGAGACCUCGCUCUGCCCCUCAUCAUUUGCCAGCACUCCAAACCUGAUUGCCAACAGAAGAUCAUCGGGGACCCGGACCAGCUGAUGGAGGUCGCUUUGGAGUGCAUCUACGGCUGCGAGCGGGACGACCAACUCAGCCUCUGCUACGACAUCCUGGAGUGUCUGCCGCAGAGGGGCUACGGACCUCAGACGGAUGCGACUGCAGUUCUUCAUGACCGCGUGGACAAACUUGAAAAGCACCUCAGUGUGGUGGAGAUACUGGAAAAGCACGGCCUACAGAAGCCCAUCUCCUACGUGAAGAACAGCCAAAACAGUGCAGAAGAGGCUCACCAGCUGAUGGUCAAGCUGUGCCGACACACCGGCCGCAAGAAGCCUCCAGUGAGUGAGACUGUGUGGAAAGGUCUGCUGCAGGACUUGCUUGACAUGCAGCAAAACGUUUACGCAUGUCUAAAACCAGAGACUUGUCAUCAGGUUUUUGUCGAGUCCCUGCUGUGCUCGAGCCGCGUGGAGAACAUCCGCCUGGCGGGGCAGCACAUGCAUUGCUCCAAGGUCAGCCAGGACGUUCCUGUCAGCUUGACUUUUCGGGGAAAAGCCUCAGCUCUCAGGGUGGCCUAUGAUAGCAGUGUAGAGUUGGUGUUGGCUGCUGCGAGAGAGUACUUCAACUCUUCAACAUCCCUCACAGACCCCUGCAUGAAUCUGGCCAGGGCGUGUCUCCAGCUGAUCGCUGACCGACCUCCACCCAUCGAAGAGGAGCUGGACCUCAUCACUGCCCUCACCCAGUUGGAUGACUUCGGCGUCCAUAUUUUGCCACUUCAAGUGCGACUGCGAUCUGAUCGGCUGUCUCUGAUCCAGGAGUGCAUCUCCCACUGCUCCGCAGCCUACAAGCAGUCCACCACUCUGCUCAGUCUGGCCUCGCUUCUCCGAGUGUCAGGACACGACGAGGCCACACGAAGAGGGCAGGUGCUGACCCUGCUGGCCGAGCAAGCUCUCCAAUCCCUGGACUUCAAGGCCUCCUACAUCCACUGUCAGGACCUCAUGGCUGCAGGUUACAGCGCGGCGUGGGAGGUGUGCAGCCUGCUUGGCCAGAGCGAGGGUUACGGGGACCUGCAGGCGCGACAAGAACUGCUGGCCUUCUCUCUUACCCACUGUCCUCCCGACAACAUCCAGGGCCUCCUGGCUGCCUCCAGUGACCUGCAAACUCAGGUUUUGUAUCAGGCGGUCAACUACCAAAUGGAGCCGGUCGGUUCUGAGAUCGACAUGGAGAUCGAUGAGUCGGACUCUCUGCAGGUUUCGGCAGCGUCUGCAGGCUCCUCCGCAGGUACAGCAGGAGAGCUGCUGCACAGAACCACAGCUAAAACCAUGGAGGUGCUGACCACCACCGGCCUGACCACCAAAGCCGUUCUGACUGCAGUGACCGACCACCGAUGGUGGAAGGAUUCCUUGAACUAUCUCCGGCCUCUGCAGGGUCACAGUGCAGGAACCGCAAACCAGGAUAGGCCGUCUGAAAACUCCAACCUGGAGCGCCAAGGCUGCAGUCCCUUUUAUCAGGAGCUUAUUGAGGAGCCUUUUGUAGACCCGUUUUGCUUCAGCUGGCCAACGAUGCAUUUCCCAGAGAUAUGAUGCUGGCUCUGUCCUACUUACUGGCCCUGCCUCAGGUGCUGGAUGCUAACAAGUGCUUCGAGAAGCAGUGCCACUCUGCGCUGUCUCUGCAGUUAGCAGCGUACUAUUACGCUCUGCAGAUCCACUCCCAGCUCAUGCCCUGCUUCAAGGACAAGAACCACGCUCUCUACCAGGCUGACCCAAAGAAGCUGAUUCAAUCCGUCACUCAGCACGUGUCUUCGUAUUCCGAUUGGCCGGAGGAGCUGCAGAAACUCAUCAACCAGCUCCACGUGUACAACGAGCGCCUGACGGACUUCACCCAGGCGCAGGUCUUACAGGGUUUGGGCAGAGGAGUGGACGUCCAGCGCUUCAGCUGCGACUCUGAUUACAAGAAAGCAACAAUUCUGGGCCUCACAGAGACUCUGGAUGACAGCGUGUACAGAAUCGCUCUGUCUCUGGCAAAGCGUUACAGCAUUUCUCUGUGGGAGGUCUACAUGACUCACCUGGAGUUUCUCUUCACAGAUAGCAGUCUUUCCACUAAGGAAAUUGAAGCCCGCAGCGACUCCCUCAGACUGUUUGAGACCUUGAAAAGUGACCCCGAGGCCUUCCACACCCACAUGACCAAAUAUGUCUUCCCGACGGUGGAAGGAACCGAUCUGGGGCGCCUCCUCUACUAUUACACCUUGCUGGAUGCUGCAGGAUGUGAGCCGUAUGUCCUCGCCACCAUCAAGCCAAACUCCCACGUCAAGCUCCUCAAAAAGCUUCGAGUUGUUGCAAACGGUGUGAACUACCGAAAGCUGACUGAUGAAUCCUCUGACCCGUUGGCAACUCUGCAGCCCGUUCUGUCCAGCCAGAACGUGCUGUCCAUCUCCAAACUCGUCAAUCGGCUGCCUUUGCCGGGAGGCGGAGGGGCCACCGUUUCCCCCAGUGCAGUUCAUGCAACAUGGCUGCAGAAGCUGUUUUGGAAAGGAGACUCCCAGCUGCUCAAGAGACCCCCACAGAGCGACUCGGACUACCUGCAUGCAUACGACACGUGCGCAAAAUACCUAGACCGGAUGGUUCCUGCUGAUGCCGUCGGCUUCCUGGACAGCAUCACAUUUUCUCCUGACGCAGUCGAAAAGCUGAGCGUCCAGGUGCGACUGGAGAUGAUAAAGCGAGCCACCAAAGCCCUGCGCCAGCUGAGCGAGAAGAGCAAGAAGAGAGGAGGCGACGGCUGCGGAGAGCAGGAAGGGACGGGCCCAGCAGGGAUGACUUUUGAUGAGGCGCUAGCGCACCUGCAGCAGUCUCAGGCCCACCUGGACACUCUGAGUCAUGAGUUCAUUCUGUCUCUCAGAGACAGCCAGCAGGAACAGCUUCGCAGUUACUCCGAACUCUACGACUUGUCUCGUUCCGACAGGUCAAAGGUUUGUGAGCUAGCAGUAACCAUGGUGACGGAUGGACAGCCUUUGGGUCGGAUAAGAGAGCUGCUGAACGUCGCUGUUGGACGCCACGACCUGUCCGUCAAAAGCGUCCUUCAGGAGGCAGUGAGGAGGGUCGUAGCAGCUCUCAGUGGAGACCCAGGCGCCCUGACAAAUUACUCACAACCUCUCAAGGUGCUGGAGGCCAUGGUGACUGCCGUGCACAACAAUGUGCAGAGUGGAGAUAAUGCAGUGACUUCAGACGACCUCCUGGCUUGGCUGCGGCCGUUCUGCGGUGACCCGGCUCUCGCCGUGAAGCCUCGCAUCGAUGUUCUGCAAAUCCUGGAGAGUAACUUCAGCCUCCAAGACAGCGAUGUUCGUCUUCUGCUGCUUUACAGAACUCAAGCUGUGCUCAAAGACAAAGAGGUCCAGAUAGAGGAUGUGGAGACUGAGGACAAAAGAUAUCACCUUUUCCAAGAGAUGUUGGAUGCAGCCGACAAGCUGGAGGAUUUUCAACAACUCAUGCUUCUCCUGCAAGCAUGGCCGCCUAUGAUGAAAGAAGAAGUGGCUGGCUCGGUGCAUAACCCAUGGGUGGUGUUGACUUCAGUGCUGCUGACCCGCUGUCAGGCGUCAGAGGUUCAAUCGGACCUGGGUCAGCAGGUUGUUGCCAUGGUGAGGUCUCUUUAUAAGACCAAGCACAAGAUCCCUUCACAGUGUGUCGGACACAUAGCAAACCUGCUGCUGCAGAACCAGCCCAGCCUCCAGCAGCCUGCCCUCAAAUUGAUGUCUGAAAGCGGCGAUAAGCAGCUGCUGCAGCUGACUGUGGAUCAAAUCAACAGCAUGAGUGCGGAGUCGGCCUCCACCUGCGACGAGGAGCUUCUGUCGCUGCUCCUGGAUGCGGGCCUCUUGGUGGGCUGCGUCUCCUCCGCGCUGUACCCCCUGCUCAGCUCCCACAUGCUGACCCACCAGCAGGAGGGAGGCUGGGAUGUGGAGAAGGCUGCCGCAGAGCUGAUGGCAGCAGGCCACGGCCCGGAGGCAGGUUCCCUUCUGCUGGCUCACCGGGGAACUCACCAGGCCCAGUUCACCUUCAACUCCGCGUUGGCUGUUCUCAGGAAGUGGCUGUAAGGGGAGGUACUUCCCCCACACAUACUCACCUAGAGCAAUAAAACGUAGCGAGGGGAAAAAUGGAGAUCUGAGAAAAAUAGGCCAUAACAGAAUUAUUUGCAGACCAUCCUUCUAAUCAGAUUUGGAGAAAGCGAGAGCUCGCCUCGAAGCUAGACGAGGCGACGCCUUUAAUAUCCAAACAUCUGCUCAAUUAGGAGCGCAUAAAUACACAAACUUCCACCGUCACGAGCGCGCAGACCGAUUCCUAAUCACAAGCCGCCUGCAUUUAUUUGCAUGUGUUGUCUCCUAUUGUUUGAAAAAGUAAUUGAGCGGUCGCUCAGAAGCGGUGGGUGGAUAUUAGCCUAUUGUUCCAUCACAGGUCCCCCUCUUUAACAUCCCAUCGUUAGGCACCCCGCCUCGGCUCUAUUGUUUCCCCCCUAAUAAUAUCUAAUUAAUUCCUUCCAAACAAAUUAGCCCCCCAGCUGCCACGUGCUGUGUGUGUUUUUUCAGAGUGAACUGUGCAGCUGCGGCGGUGUGUGCUUGCUUUGUUUCACCUGAUGUGCGACUGAAUCAUGUAUUCGAUCACACUCAGAAAUAAAGAAGAUUCCAAAAGAGGUGUUGAUGUUUUAUUUCUUCCACAUUUUUGUGUCUAUGGUGGAAAUAUUUAUAGACCUUUACAGUGUCUGCCGACCUUUCACCCCCUCCACUUUUCUUUUUUAGAUUUUACCGUGUGAUGAAUGUAUUCGUCGUAAUUACAGCGUUUUCACAUUGUUCCGGAGAUAAUUACAGCCCCUUUGACCCAAACAAUAAUUAUGUAUUUAUGUUUUUCCUUUAUUUUUUUAUUUCAUAGCAGCGUUUUCCUGGUCAGUAUUCAUAACUCAAUGGAGGCUUUGAAACAAGCAGCUGUUAUCACCUGACAGCACUUGAAGAUUUCUUUUUUUAACCGGUAAUUGCUAAAAGGCGGAAUCGCUCUGCUAGCAGUUUGCUCGUUUUUUUUUUUUUAAAAAGCCGCCAAAGUAAAACUAGCUGCAGCUACCAAUCAUGUACUUUGUUUGAAGAAAUGAAAAAGUUUAAAAUCUCUUCAAUAAUUGGAAUACCUGCAUGGAAGGAGGCAAGAGGAAAUGAAUUGCUGAGGCUUUCUCGGGUUAUUAAUGCUACUUUUUGUCAUUCAGGCUCUGCUGUGAGUGAUGGAUGAUUUAACUUCAUGUAAUGUUUGGCCUUGAGCUCUAAAAUAUGUAUAUAUUUUCCUUGUAAAAUACUACCCUGCCUUUUAUUUUUACUUAAAGAAAAAAAAAUUGCUUUAAUCAGUUGUUAUGUUUGGAGUUUUUUUUUAUGCUUCAUUUAAGAAAAAUUGUUAAAGCUCAACUUAGGUUUUGUAAUUUUGUACAGCUGACCUAGCUGUAAGAAAUAAUAGCCAGGAAUUUCACAGUUUUAAAGCAUUUUCUUUUUUUUUCUUUUGCACAAUCGCUUCAUUUACACCUUGAAAAACUAAAGCAAGAAAAAAUGAUACAUUUCCAAGGACGUCUAGAACAAUAAUAAACUUAAAACUAAAUUUCCAACAUUUUUUUUUUUUUGAUGUGAUGUUUAAAGAAAAUCCACAAAAAUUCUGGCCACUCUUGAACCAAAUGCAGGAUCCAUGUUUUACACGGAUCCCCAAACUACGGCACGUGGGUUGGAUCCUCGAUCUGGUUGAACAGGAGCCACAAAGUCUUAAAUCCCGCUUUAGAAAAAUAAGACACUGAUUUGCACUAAUAUUUAAUUGUUGAUAUUAUAACUAUAAAG